AUGCGACAAGAAAUUUUACUACACUUACUUAACAUAUUUGUUGCUGGAAAUCUUCCUCAUGGUUUAAUUAACAAGACGGCGGAGAAGUUUGGUUAUUCCCGAAGGACCAUAAGCUAUUUAUGGAACAAGGCCGAGAAACAAAAGCAAACAUCCCAAAAGUAUGAUUUAGAUCAUAGCUAUCACAAGUGUGGAAGAAAAAGAAUUACAGUCCCAUAUGAAAGUAUCGCAAGCAUUCAAAUGGGUGAUAGCACGUGCAUAAGAGACUUGGCAAGUAAACUCAACUUAGCACCAUCCACUGUAUGGAAGAUGAUCAAAAGAGGGGAAUUAAAUCCUCACACUAAUGCAAUGCAUCCAGAAAUUUCAGAGGAUAAUAAGCUGGUAAGAAUUCAUUUGAUUAUUAGUUUACUUGUACAAGAUUCGAUUCCAAUUCAACCACAAUACAAAUUUCUAUAUGACUUUGUUCAUAUCGAUGAAUUUUACUUGUCAAGAAAAUCACAGCAAGUUUAUCUUGCAAAAAAUGAACCUAAACCUGACAGAAGUGGUAAAUCAUCCAAAAUCAUUCCUAAAAUUAUGUUUAUGGGUUGUGUGGCAAGACCUAGAUGGAACCAAAUGGGUGAAUGUACUUUCGACGGUAAGAUAGGAAUUUUUCCCUUCAUCGAAGAAGCACUUACAAAAAGGGCUUCAAAGAAUAGACCAAAGGGGGUGAUUGAAACAAAACCCAUAGAAUCAGUCAACAAGCAAGCAACAAGGCAAAUGCUAAUUAAUAAAAUACUUCCAGCAAUCAAGUCAAAGUGGCCUAGUGAAGGAGAGAAAAUCAUUUUAUUCAACAAGAUAAUUGCAAGGAACACAUUACUCAAGACCAUGUUGAAUGGCAAGCACAUUAUAAAUAAGAUGGUUUUACAUUUAUUUUAA